UUCUGUUCACUAUUGUUUGGUUUUGUUAUAGUGUUGCAUUCGUAUAACAACACUCCAAAUUCUAUCGCUCAACAUUUUGAAAUUCAAGGUCUCGAUAUGAGCAAUCCAUGGAAAGAGAAUAGUCGAAACACUGAGAAUGAUUUAGAUGUAAUGGUCAGGGAAAAAGAAGAAAAAAACAGGAAUCUUCUACCGAAAAGUGAAAACUCUAUCAAAGAACAGGAAAAAUUAAAAAUUCUACCACAGCAUCCACCAUUGGCGAUAUUGGAAGAUUCCAUAAACAUAUCCAAUCUUGUGUCAGCAUCCCCACUCAGUCAUUUUGAAGUGAAAAAUAGCGUUGACAGAAGGAAGCCUCAAAAUAUGUCUCCGGGGGACAUUAACGCAUUCAGAGAAGGUUCAAACAUGGCACCUCCAGAGACCUUAAAUAAACCAUUGCCAAUGCAUGAUAAAUGCAUUAGUGAUCAAAUAAUUCGGGGCAGGUUUGCCGCAAGCUUAAAAAGUGAAAUCUGUCAGCCCAAACAGCUUUUAAAGACCUCAAUAUUUCCACAACUUGAAGUUUUAAAUACCAGACAUUUAACUGAAGAUGACAAAAAGGCACAAAACUAUAUGUUUACAUCAAGUUAUCAAGCAGCAUACGGAAAUAACUCCGGUUUUUACGGGAAUACGUACCGACGAUUAUACCCAAUAAGAAGUUCCGAGACUGUUGCAGACCCCAUUAGAGGUCUUAUGGAUAGGGAUUCAUAUUACCCUGCUACCAAGUCAUGGAUACCGGAACAAUUCGAUCCAGUUCAAUAUGAUCAAAAACAAUCAAGAUAUCUUUAUAUAAAAGAAAGCCGACCAUAUGACUUUUGUUCUUAUAAUUCACGAAUUAAUCAAAUUCCUGGUUACAGUGGAUCAUUCUGUACAAGCGAAAAACGUGUUGAUUUAGAUAACCCGUACCAUAAAUGCAAGCCAAUGAAUUUAGUCCGUCAAGAUAUUCCUCAUGAAUAUGUAUUUGAUCUCAAUUUAAAUAUGCCAGGGUAUGGUGGUUAUCAAAAGAAGGAAAUGAGAAGCCAUGAUUCAACAUCAUCAGUAUCGGUCUCUUGA